CUUCUGUUCUGUUUAUAUAUUUGGAGAUUGGAGUACUGGAGGCACGUACCGACCGGCCGGCCGGGCGACCCAGAGAUGUGGCUCCCGUUCCUGUACCCGCCGCCGGCGUCGGUGUACGUGACGGUGAUGUCCGUCGUGUCGCUCUUGUCCGCGGCGAACGCCGGCCUCUCCGAGCUCCGCGGCAACCACGUGUCCUACUCCAAGUUCUGGCACGUGGCCGCGGCGGCGGGCGGCGACGGCAGCAACAAGCAGCGCGCGCGGGCCGGUGGCGGCGCCGUCUUGACAGGCCGGGACGGGAUGCUGGUGACCUACGCCCCGGCGUUCGCCGCCGCCGCGGCGUCCUUCGCCGUGCCGGGCGCCGUGGAAGGCGCGCGCGCGCGGCUGCUCAGCGCCGCGCUCACCGCCCACUUCCUCAAGCGGCUUCUCGAGGUGCUGUUCGUCCAUCGGUACAGCGGGAGCAUGCCGCUGGGCACGGCGGUCGGCGGCGCCGCCAACUACUUGGUCGCCACGGCCACCAUGGUGUACGCGCAGCGCCUCAGCCGCAGCGUCCAGGACCCGCCCGUGGACCUGCGCGGCCCCGGCGUGGUGGUCUUCGCCGUCGGCCUCGCCGGCAACUUCUACCACCACUGCCUCCUCUCGAGGCUGAGGGCAGACGGCGGCGGCAGCAAGGGGUACAAGAUCCCCAGGGGCGGGCUGUUCGGGCUCGUCGCCUGCCCGAACUACCUCUUCGAGAUCGUCGGGCUCUUCGGGGUCGCCAUGAUCGCGCAGACGGUGUACGCGCUCGCCUACGCCACAGGAGCGGCGGCCUACCUCGCCGGCCGGAGCUGCGCCACCAGGAGGUGGUACCAGUCCAAGUUCGACGAGUUCCCAGCGAGGAUCAAGGCGUUGGUGCCGUAUGUGCUGUAGCCAACUCCCAGCUCUGGCUCUAUGUUUGAAUAAAUAUAUAAGAAACAAGUAAGAGCCUCUUUGGCAGGGAUUUGUAGCUUUUCUCUAUGAAAAAAGCUACAACUAUAUCAAACACUUUUUUCAAUGCACUAUGCAUUCUUUAUCGAGUGUCACAAACACUCGGUAGAGGCUUUUUUUUAUCCGGCAAAGUCUUUUGCGGAGUAUUGCACUCGGCAAAUAUUUUAUCCCUAAGUGAUUUUUUACCAAA